AAUUAACAGUGGGAAAUUAGACACUGAUGUCUGCGUUUUUUGUGGUGGAUACUGUUGCUACUUAUAAUGCACUUUUGGGGCGUGAUUGGAUUCAUUCAAGUUGGUGUGUCCCUUCUUCACUUCACCAGAAACUGAUUUUCUGGAAUGGUGGCAAGGCUGAGGUCGUGUCUGCAGAUAAUAAGCCUUUUUCAGCCAACACUCACCUGGUGGAGGCUAGAUAUUAUGAAGAAGACAUUGGUACCAUUCGGUUUUUUGGGAUGGAUAGACAUGGGAAACCGAUUGGGAUAACAGCAUGCAGCAGACCAUCUUUGUCUAAGCGUGCUGUGGGGGAAGAAAGAGAAAAGGCCGUGUUGGAGAUAACAAAGAAAUUAGCGGCCUAUUUUGCUGAAAAAGCAGUUCAAGUAGACAGGUCUGAAAUUGUUCAUGAAGGUGAUGAGGCAGACCAGGAUGAUGAAAUAACUUUGGAGGAGCUGGAUCUUGCCCCAGCCAAGUUGGAUGACUUAAAAGCUGAAGUUCAAGAUCCAUUGGAGGAGAUCAAUUUAGGGUCUGAAAGUGAGCCAAAGGUUACAUUUGUCAGCGGUUCCCUUGAGCCGCAGACACGAGAUCAAAUUGUUAGACUUUUGCAUGAAUUUAAAGACUGUUUUGCUUGGGAUUACUCAGAAAUGCCAGGUCUGGAUCGAAAAUUGGUGGAACAUAAAUUGCCAAUUGCAGAAGGAUUCAGACCGUAUAAACAGCCGCCCAGACGCAUGUUUGCAGAGGUCACUUUGAAGGUGAAAAAAGAAAUUGAGCGGCUGGUAAAAGCUGGAUUCAUUCGGACAUGCAGGUAUGCAGACUGGUUAUCUAAUGUAGUACCUGUGCUGAAAAAGAAUGGAAAAUUAAGAGUCUGUGUUGAUUUCCGAAACUUGAAUUUAGCUACACCAAAGGAUGAGUAUCCUAUGCCAAUUGCAGACUUGUUGGUUGAUGGAGUAGCCUGUCACAAAAUUCUAUCUUUCAUGGAUGGUCAUAGUGGGUACAACCAAAUUUUUAUUGCAGACGCAGACGUUCCUAAGACAGCUUUUCGAUGCCCAAGUGCUGUUGGAACUUUUGAAUGGGUUGUGAUGCCAUUUGGUCUGAAGAAUGCUGGAGCUACCUAUCAAAGAGCCAUGAAUGCAAUUUUUCAUGAUAUGAUUGGUAAAUUCAUGGAAAUUUAUAUUGAUGAUGUUGUGGUGAAAUCAAAUGGGGAAGCAGACCACCUGGUUCAUUUGAGGAAGUCUUUUGAGCGAAUGAGGCAACAUGGCUUGAAAAUGAACCCACUUAAGUGUGCCUUUGGAGUGUCUGCAGGUAACUUCCUUGGGUACUUGGUGCAUGAGCGUGGUCUGGAGGUUGACAAGAACAAAGCCAGGGCUGUGAUUGAAGCGAAACCACCACAAAACAAGAAGGAGUUGCAAAGAUUUCUUGGCCAAGUUAAUUUCUUAAGACGUUUCAUUUCUAACUUGGCUGGGAAAACUAGAGUCUUUUCUCCUCUGUUGAAACUCAAGUCUGAGGCGGAUUUUAAGUGGGAAGAACACCACCAGUCCGCCUUUGAUAUGAUAAAGCGGCAACUUUCUAAGUUAGAGAGCAUAGAUCUCUCUCGCAAUCAACUCAGUGGGAGUAUUCCAGAUAGCAUCGGACAACUUUCUCAGUUAGAGAGCAUAGAUCUUUCUUACAAUCGAUUGAGUGGGAGUAUUCCAUUUAGCAUCAGGCAACUUUCUAAGUUAGAGAGCAUAGAUCUCUCUUGCAAUCAACUCAGUGAGAGUAUUCCAGAUAGCAUCAAGCAACUUUCUAAGUUAAAGAGCAUAGAUCUCUCUAGCAAUCAAUUGAAUGGGAGGAUUCCAAAUAGCAUCAGGCAACUUUCUAAGUUAGAAAGCAUAGAUCUCUCUAGCAAUCAAUUGAGUGGGAGUAUUCAAGAUGGCAUCAAGCAACUUUCUAAGUUAAAGAGCAUAGAUCUCUCUAGCAAUAAAUUGAGUGGGAGUAUUCCAGAUAGCAUCAAGCAACUUUCUAAGUUAGAAAGCAUAGAUCUCUUUAACAAUCAACUGAGUGGGAGUAUUCCAGAUAGCAUCGGACAACUUUCUCAGUUAGAAAGCGUAGAUCUUGCUCAUAAUCGAUUGAGUGGGAGUAUUCCAUUUAGUAUCAAGCAACUUUCUAAGUUAGAGAGCAUAUAUCUCUGUCGCAAUCAACUCAGUGAGAGUAUUCCAGAUAGCAUCAAGCAACUUUCUAAGUUAAAGAGCAUAGAUCUCUCUAACAAUCAAUUGAGUGGGAGUAUUCCAGAUAGCAUCGGACAACUUUUUCAGUUAGAGAGCAUAGAUCUUUCUCACAAUCAAUUGAGUGGGAGUAUUCCAAAUAGCAUCAAGCAACUUUCUAAGUUAAAGAGCAUAGAUCUUGCUGACAAUCAAUUGAGUGGGAGUAUUCUAGAUAGCAUCGUGCAACUUUCUAAGUUAGAGUAUUUAUUUCUUUCUGGCGAUCCAUUGAAUAUGAGUAUUCCAUAUAGCAUUGGGCAGCUUUCUAAGUUAAAGUGUUUAUAUCUUUCUGGAAAUCAACUGAGUGGGAGUAUUCCAGAUAGCAUUGGGCAGCUUUCUGAGUUAAGGCAGCUAUCUCUUGUUAGCAAUCAAUUGCGUGGGAGUAUUCCAAAUAGCAUUAUGCAGCUUUCUAAGUUAAUGUCUUUAGAUCUUUCUAGCAAUCAAUUAAGUGGGAGUAUUCCACAUAGCAUUGCGAAGCUUUCUAAGUUAAAGUUCUUAGAUCUUUCUAAAAAUCAAUUGAGUGGGAGUAUUCCAGAUAGCAUCGGGCAACUAUCUGAGUUAAAGCAGAUACUUCUUUCAAGCAAUCAGUUGACUGGGGGAAGGAUUCCUCCUUGUUUUGGAAAGUUUCCAAUUAUGGUGAAUGCAACACAAUUGAUGAAACGCAUUACUGAUAAUUAUUGGUCUUGGGCACAUUUGAAGGAGGUUGUGAAAGGGAGAUACCUUGAGUAUACAAGAAAAACCCUAGGACUCGAGAGCAGUAUAGAUCUUUCGAGAAAGAUCCCUGAGAAAAUUGGACAAAUGGAGAAUUUGGAAUCUCUCGAUUUCUCCCAAAAUGGCCUCUCAGGAACAAUCCCGAACAGUAUGUCAAGUUUAACCAAGUUAAGCCACCUCAACUUGUCCUACAACAACUUGUCAGGGCCAAUUCCAACAGGCUAUCAGCUCCAAACACUCGAAGAUCCAACCAUUUACGUCGGUAAUCCUCAACUUUGUGGGGCUCCACUCUUGAAGAAAUGCUCAAAUGAUGUGCUACCUCCACCAACUGACAACUUGAAGGACAACGAUGAAGGUGCACUUACAAGAAUGUGGUUUUACAUCGUCGUGAUGUUAGGCUUUGCAACUGGAUUUUGGGGAGUUGUGGGAACUCUAAUUUUUGUAAAAACUUGGAGAUAUGCUUAUUUUCGAUGGGUGGAUGAUGUCCAACAUUGGAUCCUUGUGGUUAUAACAUUGAAAGUGGCAAGAGUUAAGAAGAUGUUCAAUGGCAACCCAGAUGAUCAGUGAAUAAUAUAUGAAGUAUGUUGUUGUUGCUACAUUUAUUACUAAACUAGUUCCAUAACUAGUGUUGCAGGGUAUGGUGUCAAGUCCAACUUUGAAUGGCCAAACAUUGCAUCGGUCAAUUUUAAAUGAACACAUAAGCAUUGGGGUUUGUAAAGUUUUCAAUAAUAUAGCAUAUGUUGUAGUUUUAAAGGUUUUACAAAAAUAAAAAUUCAUAAAUUCA